AUGAGAAAGCGAGACGAAGACAUCCAAGUAUUCGCCUACAAUGUAGAAGCGCUAUUAAGUCGCGCGAUGCCAAACAUCGAGAAGGGCGACAGAGAAACACUUCUCAAGCAACAAUUUGUCGAAGAAGUGUCUAUAGAACUAAAGAGACAAUUAUUACAACGACCGACCCUCUCGUACGAGGAGACAGUUACGUCGGGGCAACAGCUGGAUUUAGCGUGUCAGACUUCAUCGAGUCAAUCGGUUAACGAAAUGAAUACGAGCGGUGGCACGAAUCAAACGGUAGUAGAGUCGCCCUUGGUUAUGCAAUUGAUGGAAAGUGUAGAUAUUCUUACGAGGAAGGUUAGUGAAUUAUCUCAAUCUGUUGCUAACGUAAACGCAGCGUCUGUGCGAAAUUCCCCCGCCGGGCGCCGGGGCCCUUGUUAUCAAUGUGGGCGAAUGGGUCACAUCGCCAGCGAAUGUAGGAGUACGUCCGGGAACGGGCGACGAAUGAAUUAUCGACAGCGCCAAACUGAAAAUUACUGCUUUGUUUGUCGACAGAUGGGACACUUCGCGCGGGCAUGCCAGUUUCGAUUCCAGUCCUCCAUUAAUAGCCAACCACGUCAGGGAAACGACCAGGGGCCGACCCGUUUCUAGGCCGGAGGUCAGCCCAGGAUAAUGCGGCCUUGCCCAUAAACUGUGUUCAGCCCACGGCAGUCUUCGUAAAGGCACGAUUGGGCGACCAUGAGCGAAAAUGUUUAGUGGACACAGGUGCAACGGUGUCGUUAGUCAGCAGAGAAUUUAUUGGUGGACCCUUAAAGCCAUGUUCUUUGAGGGCAGGAGGGAUAGGCGGGGAGGACCUACAUGUGUUGGGAUCAACAGACUUGCAUGUUUGCCUUGGGAUGUCGAAGGUCUCCCAUCAGUUUCUGGUCGUAGGUAUGAGAAACACUUGCAUUUUGGGGGCCGAUUUCUUAAAAUCGGGGGGAAUGGUUGUGGACAUAGCGAACUCGAAGCUUUCGUGGAAGACAGGGGAAGCAGAAUUAAUCGUUGAGACAACUUCCCCAACUGUGAACAAGCCAAGUGUUCUGCUCGAAAUUUAUUCAGACAUUUUUGUAAACGAGCCGAGCGAUCCCUUAGGCUUAACUACCAGGACGGAACACGCGAUUGAUACAGGGGAUAGUCGCCCAGUGAAGCAAAGGCCCUAUCGGAUUCCCGCUCAUCUCAACAAAGUGGUGAACAAUCAGGUAAAUGAUAUGUUAGACAGAGGCAAUCUCGUUCGCCGAGCCUGCGAUCCUUGGGAAGGAAACGAAGGCUCUGGGAUAAUCCAUCUCAGACAUACAGAAAACUGUAUGUCGACCGAACUGCGCAUGCGUUGGCAAAAGCAAAACAAAUUGUUUGAAAUAUUUUAUUGUUUCGUCAUAAAAUGAUGAUUUUUUCGGGGUUUUGGCGGAAAUGUUGAUGUUCUUCAUAGUGGGAUACAAAAGGUGUGUUAGCGACUGAAUAAGGAAAAUAUUGCGUGUGAAAUAGGGUCAGUAUAGAGCCGGCAGGAGCCGCGAAGAGUGCUGUUGUCGAAGAAAAAUGUCACAAUUAAUUGUAAUCUUGUCCAUUCACCUCUGUGUCAGUUUGAAAAAGCUUUAAAUGUAGAGACAUUUGUGGUUCCUCCAGCAUAAUUUAGCCGUUUAACGCUAUUAUGUUUCUAAUGGUUGAAAGAGCGCGUAGAAAGAGCAAUUUUUAAGAACAAAAACAAUGUACUGUGUGUUAAUUGCUACUGUAGUAUUAAAAUACCUGAAGAGAGUCUCAAUUCUAGUAUUAAGUUGGUUUUAAACCUUGAUAACAUUAAAGUUUUCAGAAGAUUUGUAGGAAUAUUAAAAGGAAUUUAGACUUAUAAACAUAUCAUUAAAAAUAUGAAUAUAGUGAAUUCCAUGUUUGUAUUGUGUUUAAUAUCAUCUCUAGAAAUUAACAGUUUAUAAACCAAAUCCUUAACUGCCCUUAUAGCUUUCAUUAUAUGUUUUAAUAUUUGCAAGUAGUUUAGUAGGUUAGGGAUGCAACAGCGCUUUUCAAAUUAUUGAAUUAUAACCAAAUUUUGUGUCUGGAUAGGAAUUACUAUAUUAAUUAAAGAUUUACAGUUUGUAAUGAUAGAGUUGGAGCAAGUUAAGCUGCAAUGUGCCUCAGUUUGCCUUACUUUGUUAUUUUAAGCUGUUUAACGCCAGAAUUAUUUGAAUGGGUUAAAUUAAAUUAAAUUGACCUGUCCAUCUGCUAGCCUGCGCGCAGACUAUAUAAUGAUGUAUAUAUAAUUAUGUCAUUAUAUAGUCUGCGUGCAGGCUAUCCAUCUGCAUGUCUACCUAUCUUUGGUUAAUUAUCUCAUUAGAUCAUUAAGUCACAAUGCUCUUUAGUGCACCCUAUUUUGUUAUUUCACUGUACUUCUGGACAAUAUUUCUCAACAAUGGUCAAAAAUGUAGUUGACUUCAUGUUGAUUACUGCCAUUAAUUAGCUAACUACUGUACUAAAUAAUUACAAAACUGUACCAAAUAUUAACAAACAAACUCGCAUUAAAAUGUUGCGGGGUUUUCUCUGCUUAUUCAGAACACUAAUAAACAAUGUGUCAAUGGCUGCGUUUUAACCUGGUUUUAACUCCAAAAAAGCAAGCAACGCAGUCAUUUUCAACUAAAAUCGGAACAGGCAAAUUAGGACGAAUUUCAACAGAAAACCAGUCUCAAACCUCAAAUCAUGAGGGAGGUCGGGCGACCACAUUAGGAUUUAUAUUAUUCGCUGUCGCCAUUGGCAUUGUUAUAAAUAAAUUGUCUCACUUAUCAGAUCGUGUGUGCAAUUCUUGUUGGCGGCGAAAAGUACGAAAUUUAUUUCAUUUGGUAAAGAACUCUACAUAAGAAGAGAGCGUUCCGAGUCCAGAUCGUUUCGUUUCAAACGGCAAUUUAAUACCGCCUUCUGUUUCGCUCUCUCUGCGAAGCCUUGUAAAUCGCAAAGUGUUUCGAAUAGGCUUACAGUUCUUACAUGCAACUGCAUCUCAACAUCACCAAAAGAUAAUUUUCUUGAGGAAGUGAGAACACAUAACGUAUCAACUGAAGUCUGUUUGAAAUUAAUGAAACUCAAGUAAAGGUUACUAUAGUUUACCCCAGUCGUAAUGUUGCUAUUCCAACACCUCACGACAAGCAAUCCCCAUUGGCAUAAAGGCAAAAACAUGUCUUCCUUCAAGUAAACAAUAAACAGUCUGUUCUUGUUCCAUUUGUAAUCGAAAAAAGUGAUCAAUUUUCCAAUUUUAAGCUUAUCGAGAGCCUUUGUCUAUGCCUUUGUGAUGAAUCACUGAGCAAAUACAUGCAAUUUCAUAUCAUUUGCUCACUCCAGUACAACAUAAGCAUCAAUACAUUUUUUAGGUUGACCCCCUGUCAGAACCAAUAACAGAAUGUGCAAAAUGCCAUAGUGAAACCCGAGAAUUCAUUAUAUUAUUGUGCACCUAUUGAUGUUAAGCCCCAAAGCAAAGAGCAAAUUUUCAAUCAAAUGCCCCACCGUCGGGCAAUGAAUAUUGGUCAAAUGCCGCACCAUUUUGCAAUAAAUUGCAAUAAAUACUAUGUUAAUAAAAGUCAUUCGGUUCAAAUUGCCCCAACUCGGGGCCAAAAUGCUAUUCAAAAUCCUCAGGGUGGGGAUGCAAUUGAUGAUCAAAUACCCCACAUAUGCCCAACCCCCAACCCCCUCCCCCCUCUGGGGGUUAACAUUGAUAGGUGCAAUAGGUGUAUGCAGCCUGGAAUACAAGUUAAUAUCACUGCCUGUGAAAUUGUGGUUUAUUUAGAGAAUAAAGGUUUUUUGAACUCUUCUAUAAAUAAAUUAUAACAGCAAAAGAUUCAUAUGCACCCAUAUAGGGAAGGGUUACAUGCUACAAGUUAAAGUACAGUAUAUACAUUAAAUAAUAAAAUAUAUAACAGUAAAUCCCCAAAUUGGAUUUAUUGAAACUAGUUAUUAGCUAGUUCUUCGCAAUUAAAUAACACAAAAACAAAUUAAUAAAAGUUAUUAACCAUUUCUGACACAAAUAGUAUUUGCAAAAUAUAGCACAUAUUUGAUAUUAUAGUCAAAUAGUACAGUGUACUGACAGUACUGUAUACUAUGUAUAGAUUAAAACUACAGAAAACCUGUACAACACAAAUAUGAGUAAUGUUUUCCCGCUCCAUUUAACUGUUGUGAUAUUAUACGCAUUAGGUAUACGUUUCUUUGCAUUUCCUUUGUAGUAUUAGUAUAUAGCACAGCUCUGAAAAACCAAAACAAUAUUCGUACACUCCUAAACGGCCGCCAUGUUGUAUAUAAGAAUAUACGGUUAAAAAUUAAUUUUUGCAAAAUUGCAACAUUCCAUUGUAUACCAGCAACCAAUCAUAUUAAUUUCUGAGAUGGAUUAUCCCAGAGCCUUCGUUUCCUUCCCAAGGAUCGCUGGCUCGGGGAACGAGAUUGAGACAGAGGUUUAAUUCAACCUGGUAACAGUCGUCGGUCCUCGCCAAUCGUGCUAGCUCCGAAGAAAGACGGUGAUUACCGGUUUUGCCGUGACUUUCGACGUGUUAAUUCCGUAACAAAGAAGGACGCUCAGCCAAUGCCCCGUAUCGGCGACAUUCUAGACCAGUUGGGGGGUGCACAUUACUUCAGUACCCUAGAUCUCGCUUCCGGGUAUUGGCAGGUACCGUUAAGAGAGGAAGAUAGGGAGAAGACUGCAUUUUCGGUGGGAGUAGACCACUGCGAAUUCACGGUGAUGCCUUUCGGUUUAACCAACGCUUCCGCCACGUUUCAGCGCAUGAUGGGGAACGUCUUGAAGGGGAUAAAGGGGUGCCUUGUUUUCAUCGACGACAUAAUCAUCUUUUCCGAGACGUGGGAGGAACACCAGCUAAUUUUGAAAGAAGUAUUUAGUCGUAUUCGCGCUGCUGGGUUGAAAGUAAAGCGGGAAAAGUGCCAGUUCGCGCAAGAGUCAGUUAAGUUUCUUGGGCAUAUCGUAUCGGCGAGAGGGACCGAGCCUGACCCAUCGAAGGUUGAGGCGGUGCGAGACUUUGCAACCCCAUCUUCCCUUACCGAGGUUCGUGCAUUCAUCGGUAUGGCAUCUUACUAUCGAAGAUUUAUAAAGAAUUUCGCGGACAUCGCUACGCCCUUGCAUGACAUGACUAAAAGUAGUCAGCCAGAGUUCAACUGGACGCUGUUAGCGGACAAGUCGUUCAAUGAGCUUAAUUUGUGCUGCACCAAUCCUAUCGUUGCCGGACUUUUCAGUUCCUUUCAUUAUAUAUACGGAUGCCAACGAUUACGGACUCAGUGCUGUCUUGUCGCAACGAAUAGGUGAACAUGAAUGUGUGAUCGCGUACGCCAGUCGAACACUGACGCCAGCAGAAAGAAAUUACUCGACGACAGAGAAAGGGUGUUUGGCCAUCGUAUGGACAGUAAACUAUUGGCGGCCAUAUUUGUUCGGUAAAGCGUUCGACAUUGUAACGGACCAUCAGAGUUUGACAUGGUUGCAGGGGCUAAAGGAACCUAAAGGCCGUCUUGCUCGGUGGAUACUCGCUUUGCAGGAGUACGAGUUCGAAAUUAAACAUCGGCCGGGGAAACAGCACGACAACGCAGAUACACUUUCCAGGUUCCCUCGAGUGUCACCCGCUCUUGUGCCGGAUUGGAGCCCCGAUGAGGACCUGAUGGUCGGAGUAGCAGCCACGGAAGUGAAUGCAUCGUGGCCAAAGGAAGAGAUAAUCAAGGCGCAACAGGACGAUCUAAGCAUUUUCUUGGUAGUGCAGAAGCUACGUUGUACUAACACAGCACCAAAGAAAGACGAGGAUGGUUGGAAUGAUAACGGAGAGCAACGUCGCUACAGGCAGUUAUGGCCGGAAAUGGAGAUGAGAAGGGUGGUCCCACGUAAAAUGCGUCCCGACCUUUUAAAGCUUUCCCAUAACGACCCUUGCUCCGGGCAUAUUGGAGUUAAUCGUUGCCUUGAGCGUCUGCAACAACAAUAUUACUGGCCUGUAAUGGCCUCAGAAGUGCAACUGUGGGUCGCAGAAUGUGAAAUGUGCGACCGCCGCAAGUCUCCAGUGUCGCCCCGUAAAUCACCCAUGAAAAGCAUAGAUGUUGGUCACCCAUUGGAAUUAUGGGCAAUGGAUAUCUUGGGCCCACUUCCUCUAACUGCACGGGGAAAUCAAUACAUCUUGGUGAUGUCUGACCACUUUACCAAGUGGGUAGAGGCGGUGCCGCUAGCCCACCAAAGAGCCGAUACCGUAGCGAAAGCUUUUGUUGACGUAGUUGUGACUCGACACGGUGUUCCUCGUAAAAUUCUAACAGAUCAAGGGAGGAACUUUGAAGCAGAGCUCAUGCGGCAGGUGUUGCAUCUUCUUGGGGUGGAAAAAUUUCGAACUUCGCCGUAUCACCCACAAACUGAUGGGCAGGUCGAAAGGUUAAACCGGACCUUGAAGGGAAUCCUCACAGCGUACGUGAAUAAAGACCACACUUAUUGGGACGUUCAUUUACCUCUCGCCUUGUUUGCUUACCGCAACUGCGUACAUUCAUCGUCAGAAGUUUCACCGUUUAGAGCGGUUUAUGGUCGUGAAGCCAGCACACCGUUAGUGCUGAUGGGCAUCCAGACAGAGGCAAAGGAACAGUUUAUCUCGAACUACUGCGAUGAGUUAGAGAAGUCCCUGAAGGACGUGCAACGCUUUGUGAAAGAAAAGAUUAGUGAGGCACAGAGGAAGCAGGAAAAGGGAUACGAUGAUCGCAACAACAUUGACAAAAGCACGCCACUUAAGGUGGGAGAUCGGGUUUGGCUCAACGACACAGCGGUUCCAAGAAGGCUUAGUCGAAAGUUACACCUACAAUGGUCCGGGCCUUACAUGGCCCUAAAUCGUCUUGGUGGCACAAAUUACCACAUUAAGCCCGAAUCAGGAAAUCGGAAAUCCAAAGUGGUCUACCGCAAUCGUCUGAAAUCAGUUCCUUGCCGACCAAGAGUGGAGGAAGGCAUGUCCACGUGCUCCCCGAAAGAAACCCAACAUACCGCAUUGCAGACCAACGAACCGACGAUUCAUCAUCAAGAGAAUUUAGUCGUGCAGCCUGCCCACCAAGAGAGGACUAACACGCUACGAAGGUCCACCCGUCGGCGUAGACAACCGGACAGAUAUCAGGACUAUAACCUAGAUGAGGUAGAGAUCGAGGACGCUCUCAAUUAG